AUGUCCUCGCCUCCUUCGCCAUCUCUUCGGAAGAGAGGCGGAAAGAAGGAGACUGCGCCUGUACCGUCAAUUGAUGGUUCCUCUCAUUCGUUGAAAUCGGCGGCAACCACCAAGCCCCCGUCAGAAUGGGAUUACAGGCUGGCCAUAACCAUUCUGACCGCGCUGGCAUUCGUCACCCGAUUCUAUAAGAUUUCAUAUCCCGCGGAAGUCGUGUUCGAUGAAGUGCACUUCGGCAAGUUUGCAUCGUACUACCUACAACGCACGUAUUUCUUCGAUGUACAUCCGCCCUUCGGCAAACUUCUCUUUGCGUUUAUGGGCUGGCUGGUUGGCUUUGAUGGCAAUUUCUUGUUCGACAACAUCGGCGAUUCGUACGUUGACAACAAUGUUCCCUACGUGGCUCUCCGUGCCAUGCCCGCAACCCUCGGAGCCCUGACAGUCCCCGUGGUCUUCCUGAUCAUGUGGGAGUCUGGCUACUCGCUGCCCGCUUGCGUCCUGUCCACCGGACUGGUGCUGUUUGAUAAUGCGCACAUUGCUGAAGAUCGAUUGAUCCUCCUCGAUGCGAGCUUGGUCCUUACGAUGGCCUUGAGCAUCCUCUGCUACGUCCGCUUUUACAAACUGCGCCAUCAGCCUUUCGGGCGAAAGUGGUGGAAGUGGCUCUUGAUGACCGGGGUCUGUCUUAGCUGCGUCAUCUCCACCAAGUAUGUCGGUGUUUUCACGUUUGUCACCAUUGGUGCUGCCGUGUUGGUCGACCUCUGGAACUUGUUGGACAUCCGACGUGCCAGCGGGGUGCUGAGCAUGGCCGAGUGGACCAAGCAUUUUGUCGCCCGCGCCGUCGCCCUCAUCGUCGUACCCUUCUUUUUCUAUCUGUUCUGGUUCCAGGUGCAUUUCGCCAUUCUCACCCGCUCCGGUCCUGGCGACGACUUCAUGACUCCCGCUUUCCAGGAAACUCUCAGCGACAACGCCCUCUCCGCACAGUCGAUCAACAUCCAAUACCAUGACACGAUCACCAUCAAACACAAGGACACCAAGGUGUUCCUGCACAGUCACUGGGAAACGUAUCCUCUUCGCUAUGACGAUGGACGCAUCUCGAGCCAGGGCCAACAGGUGACGGGAUACCCCUACAACGACACGAACAACCAAUGGGAGAUCCUCCCGACUGUUUCUCUGGACGACAAUGAAGGCAGAGAGGGCCACAAUGUGCGCAACGGCGAUAUUAUCCAGCUUCGUCAUUUGGGUACCGACACUAUUCUCCUCACGCACGACGUUGCCUCCCCUUACUACCCGACUAACCAGGAAUUCACAACUGUGUCCCACGAAAUGGCGAACGGCGAGCGACGUAAUGAUACGCUCUUCGAGAUCAAGAUCGAGAAUGGCAAGCCGCAGCAGGAGUUCCGGACUCUGUCCAGCCACUUCAAGCUGAUCCACGUCCCCACUCGAGUAGCCAUGUGGACGCACACAACGCCCCUGCCAGACUGGGCGUUCAAACAAGCCGAGAUCAAUGGUAACAAGAAUGUUCCCCAGAAUAGUAACCUGUGGUUCGUCGACUCCAUCGAGUCAUUGGAGGAGGAUCACCCUCGCAGAAUCAAGGAAGAGCGCAAGGUCAAGCCGUUGCCCUUCCUCCGAAAGUACCUUGAACUCCAGCGGGCGAUGUUUUUCCAUAACAACGCUCUCACUAGCAGCCACCCCUAUGCCAGUGAGCCCUUCCAGUGGCCCUUUCUCCUGCGGGGUGUCAGCUUUUGGACGAAGAACGAUACCCGAGAGCAGAUCUAUUUCUUGGGUAACCCCAUCGGAUGGUGGAUUGCCAGCAGUCUCUUGGCGGUCUUCGCCGGCGUCAUUGGGGCGGACCAACUGUCCCUUCGACGUGGAGUGGAUGCUGUGGAGGAGAUUUGGGGCCCGGGUGCACGUUCCCGCCUAUACAACAGCACCGGCUUCCUGUUCCUCUGCUGGGCAGCUCACUACUUCCCCUUUUGGCUGAUGGGUCGGCAACGUUUCCUGCACCACUACCUGCCAGCCCAUCUGGCCUCGGCUCUGGUGACAGGCGCGUUGGUCGAGUUCGUCUUCAACGUUCAGCCCAUCAUAGUCACCCCGGCCUCGAACGGUGGUGAGGACGAUCCGUCGGGCAAGGCGAAAGCAUCCACUUCUCUGGGCCGAUUCGUGACUGCGAAGGAGCGAAUGAGCACCAAAUCCCUCGUUGCGGGUUGGAUUGCAACCCUGGUCAUCUUAGCGUGUACUUUCUGGGGAUUCUGGUUCUACGCUCCUUUGACGUACGGCACCCCCGGCUUGGAUGUCGACGGGGUAAAUGCACGUAGGUGGCUGGGCUAUGAUUUGCAUUUCGCAAAAUAA